AAGACUCGAACAAAAAUAAAGGAGAUUGGUUUAUGUUUUUCAUAGUUUUUCUCAUAAGAUGCUUUCGCAACACUUUAUGGAACAUUUAUUUUCUAUGAAAUGAAAGUAAAGAGAGGAAAAGUAUAUAUCAGUAAAUUUCAAACUUCCUGGCAGGAAGAGUCGUCAAUCUUGCUCGAUCUUGUACGAUGAUGCUUUAUUCGUGAACUCCAUUUUAAUGUUCUUUCGAAUUGCGGUGAAUAAUUUACGACGUUUUCCCAUCUUCUAUCGUGUGAUUGUGAAACUUGGGUGAUAAUUUAUGUAGAUAUACUACGUAGCGCGUGAAGUUGAGCUCAUCAAAAUGCAAUAAAAUAUAGCGCUUUUGCGCCGCAAUUAACCUCUCAUUGACCUUUUUUUUAUCUAUGAGCUACAACACGCCCACGAUUUCUAUCUACUACGCAGCGCGAUAGCCUUUCGACAAGUCUUUCUUCUCUUAACUAUGUAUGACUUUCUUUAACUAUGUAUGCGGACUCGCAUUUACGUAUAUAAAACUCGGUAUUCUCGGUGUUUACCAACAUUGUUCAUAAAACAGAUCAAGUACGUUCGCGUGGAAUACGACUUGACAUUUUUGAAUGAGCAAGCAGCUUCCAUAAUGUCGUCGACAAUAAUACAAUUUUACUUAAUGAUGUUGACGGCGACAAAAAGCAUGACAGACGCGUACAGGAUCGCGUCGACGGGAUCGACAGAAAGCGAAAACCUGAAGAUAAUUUUGAAUUACAUUCGAAGCAAUCAGGAAUUUUGCCCAUCAACAUUUUCUCUUGUUUUUCCCGACAUUCGAUCCAGCUUUGUAGAUCUCGUGUCCAAAUACGUAGCGAGCGAGUCGAUUGUCAGCUACAAGAUCACGAUAAAUGACCUCAUCUUGCAUAGAUACACGUGGCAAAAUCGCGUCGACCUCACCUGGAUCUUCAUCGUCGACGAUAUCGAUGUCUUGCAAUUUUUCGUGCGUGAACAGAGCUACAUAUGGAAGGCCACAAAUCAGUAUUUGAUGAUCAUCACCGCUCCGAUCUCAUUGGUAUCGUCGCCCGAGCUCUUUCAGACUAUUUGGAAAACUUACAACGUCUACAAAAUCAUCUUCAGCUUGAUGCAAGACGAUUUUCGAUGUCUGAGCGAGUAUCUACCCUUUGAAAAGAAUGGGCAGAACGAAUACGGCGUCGUGCGCAAUAUCUGUUUAACGAAUUGUACAAGUAACAUCGAGCUUUAUACGAACUUCGAGAAUCUAAAUGGAUAUCCUAUAUCCGUAAUCGUGUUUCGGUCUCUGACGAUGAACAUUACAUUUGACGAGAAUACGAGGACACACAAGUACAAAGGACUGGACGCGAACGCGAUGUUUCUACUAGAGAGAUCAAUGGGGGCCCAAUUUCGCAUCACUAUCGUAUUCGCCAACUUCACUGAGGGAAAGAGGCAGGACCCCUUUCAUCGUAGUCUUCAAUGUAUCGAAAACGGCAAGUCGGAGAUAAUCGUUACCAGUUUCUUUAUCCAUGAGUAUAAGGAGUAUCAAAGAUAUGAAUUUACAUCCAGCGUUUACGAGGACAAAUUGUGCCUGAUCGCCCCCACAGCUGGCUUCAUCCCCAAGUAUUACAUGCCGAUAAUGCCGUUCGCGCCUGAUUUGUGGGCGGCUCUCGCGAUUUACAACGUUCUCGUAUCCGUCUUGUGGUUCCUUAUCAAGUACUACAGCGGAUCAUUUCGCCGGCAAGAGAUCGUUCUUCUUCCCUUAAUGAAAGCGGAAUUUGUCCCUUCGCGGCGUGCGAAUAAUUUACCAUCCAGUGUACACCCUUACAUCGCGUCGUGUUUCGAUCUCGUUGAAACCUCGUGUUAUCCGUUGAAGGAGGACGUCGGAGAUCUGAGUAACACGAGCGCGUCUCAGCGUGCCUUGCUGUUCGGUACUCUCUUUUUCGGACUGAUCGUCGUCGGCCUUUACCAAAGCUAUCUCGUGUCCGGCUUGAGCAAUCCUUUCCAUUAUCCGGAGCUGAACACCCUGGAGGACGUCGCCGACUCGAAUUUUACCAUAGUUACCAAGUAUUACAACUUGCAGAUGCAUACUUUCACGGGGAACACCACUUUGAAUAAGAAGCUACGCGAUAAAACAAAGAUGAUAGUCAACGAACCGAUCAACGACAGGGUGGCCUUCGGCAGGAAGGAAAUAGCUAUCGCUCGUUACAGUUCGGUGAAACUCGGCGAUUGGUCCAGGUACUACGACGUGGAUGGCAACGAGUUACUUCAUCUAGUGGAGGAAUGCCCCAUCACUUACUCGUUGUCCUACGUGAUGAGGUUAUAUUCACCGUAUCGGGAGAGGAUCAACGGAUUGCUGUUGCGAAUGCAGGAAACGGGUCUGGUUAAUCUCUGGUAUGAAAAUAUGGCGUAUUCGACAUAUGUAGCGGAGCAGAAGAGGAAGGUGGACAAGAGUGAAAGAAAAAUUAAAUUGACUUUGGAGUAUUACUCGCUUACAUUUGUCGGACUUUCAAUCGGUUUAUUUUCCUGUACCCUCGUCUUCUUCGCGGAAUUAUAUUUCGCCAAGAAAUCGCAGUCACGCGUAAGAGCGGAUGAACAGAGUAAUUGAUCCAAUAUCGAAGAACUGAUUUCUCUGCUUCCUGCUCCCGCUGUCCUUUUAUAUUUUAAUAUUACAUUAAGGAUGCGAGAUAUGUA